AUGGAUGGGACAUCGGCCAAGAAAUCUGCCUCUUUUGAGACCUUAGUAAUUCAGAAUAUUACUAAUGUUAAUGAAUUAAAAGAUAAAUUAUAUGAAAUAAUAUCUGUCGGAAAGAAUUACGAAUAUGAUGUUUCAUCCUGUCUAAAAUCUCUAAUAAAUAACAACGAUCAGACCAUUGUAUUGCUGUGCGUGCAAGCUAUCUCAGAGCUAGCAAAAUGUGAAAUUAAAAGAGAAAUUUACGCCACUAAAGAUAUAAUCCUACCAAUAAUGAACAUUUUAAGUAAGGAAAUAAAUUCAGAUUCCAUUGAACUUGUCAAGCAGUGUUGCAGAGCUCUUGGGAAUUUAUGCUGCGAUUGUGAUGCAUCUAGAAUAAUUAUUUUGGAAAACAAUGGUGUUUUAGUACUAGCAAACGUACUUGAAAGUGCUUUAAAAAAUGACACAUUAGAAGAAAUUAGACUUCUCGCUAGUAAAACAUUAUUAAACUAUGCCAUAGGUGGACAUCAGUUCUCAGAGUCAAUUGUUGAAGAAGGUGUAAUAGACAAGCAAAACAAAAUAUUACUAUCUGAAAUGGAAAAAGAUGAUAUGAACGAUGACUCCGUUGUAACUGCUUUGCUCAUUUUAAGUGUAAUAAAUGACAAUGCACCUGAGUUUCUAUUUGAUUCUGACGUUAAUAAAACAGUGCUUAAUAUUUUAAAGGAUACAACUAAUAUUGAAGUAUCGGAAUUAUGCUUAGAACACUUGCAUAUGCAAGCAGAACACGAUUUGGUAAAAACAUUACUAGCAAAUGAAAAUGGCGUUCAACUGGUAUGUUCUCGCUUGGAGCAGCUGAUGCAGAAACAUGAGGCUGGAGAUUUAAAUGCUGAGGAUAGUGAGGUGGAGGCUGUGAUGAAACAGGCUUGUGAUCUUAUCAUUAUAGUGCUCACUGGAGAUGAAGCAAUGGACACAUUAUACAACAAUGGUGUUGGUGAAGUCUACCUCACUAUGGUGAAGUGGCUGGACUAUACUAACUACAACCUGCUGACUACUGCUGUUUUGGCAAUUGGCAACUUUGCUCGGAAGGAUGAAUAUUGUAUCCAUAUGAUGGAGGAUAAGAUAUUUGAUAAAUUGCUUGAUAUUUUUGAAGUAUACCAUGGCUUCUGCCUGCGCAUUCAAAAGGAGCAAAAUACAGUGCAUCCUAUUGAUAUAGUUACUGUAAACAAAAUUCAACACGCAGCUCUGUCAGCUAUACGCAACUUGACAGUGCCAGUUGUGAACAAGAGAGUUGCAGCGGCUAAAGGUCGAGCCACACCAAUGUUAUUAAAAGCGUUGCCUAAUAUUGAGGAUCAUCAGGUGGCUUACAAAUUGCUUGCUGCGUUACGAAUGCUGGUGGACGGCCAAGAGGGCGUGGCUCGACAGCUGAUAACGGACGCUGCGGCGCUGGGUGCGGUCGGGCGGUGGGCGCGCGCCGGGCAUGCGGGCGCGGGGGGCGAGGCGCCGCGCCUGCUCGCGCGCGCGCUUCGCCAGCUGCCUGCCGCCGGGCGUGUGCGCCUGCUGCAGGUGCGUGCGGGGGAGAGGGGGCGUGGGGGCAAGGCGCCGUGCUUGCUCGCGCGCACGCUGUGCCAGCUGCCCGUCGCCGAGCGUGUGCGCCUGCUGCAGGUGCGUGCGGGGGAGAGAAUGCGCAGGGGCGAGGCGCCGCGCUUGCUAGCGUGCGCGCUGUGCCAACUGCCCGCCGCCGAGCUUAUGCACAUGCUGCAGGUGCAUGAGGGCGGGCGGGGGCGAGACGCCGCGUCUGCUCGCGCGCGUACUGCCCCAGCUGCCCGUCGCCGAGCGUGUGCGCCUGUUGCAGUUGCGUGCGGGGGAGAGAAUGCGCAGGGCGAUGCCGGGGGAGAGAAUGCGCAGGGGCGAGGCGCCGCGCUUGCUCGCGUGCGCGCUGUGCCAGCUGCCCGCCGCCGAGCGUAUGCACAUGCUGCAGGUGUUGUUAAGGCUUUAGAUUUUGUUGAGAGAAGCUCUCCUUCUCUGGCCUGGGUGGAGGGUUGCGUAUCUAGCUUAGUUGGUAUGCUGGUAUCGUCCCACUCUGUCAUGCAGAAUGAAGCUAUACUCGCCCUGACUCUAAUGGCGAUUGAAUCACUCCACAAGAAAGAAGAAUCAGAUUUUGACUGCGAACAGAGCUUUGUUACGCAGAUGAUAAAGUCGGAAAUCGGUAAGCACUUGUCCGUUUUGAUUGAGACAAAUUGCGCUAAAAUGCCUGUAGAGGUCGCUGAGAACUUGAUAGCUUUCCUUGAAAUAACAUGUAAGAACAAUCAGCUGGCUUCGGAUUAUAAAGAGACUAAGGUCCAAGACGCGUUGCAGAAGUUUGUAGACACCAGAAAGGAUUUCAGUGAAGAUUUGAGGUCUUGUGUUAAUAAAGUUUUAACCGCUAUAACUGAUCAUAGCAGUGCUUGA